ACAGCACCGUCCGAUUGACGCGAUAUUUUUAAUGCCGGAAGUUUAGUUGCAGAACCGGAGGAGAAGCAAGCGGUUUCGCGAUCUCCCGAUUCUUCGGUUGUCACUCGAUUUUUAGGGAUAUUAUGGCGCAGCCGCUCCCCUCCGACGACAAGGCUGAAGAGCUUCCCGGCAUUUCUCAACAAAGAGUUCUAAUACCAAACAAACAUGGAGAGAAGCUUGUUGGGGUACUACAUGAAACUGGUUCUAAGAAGCUUGCGAUCUUGUGCCAUGGAUUCCGUGCUUCAAAGGAUGAUCAAACUUUACUUAACCUUACUGCAGCAUUAACAAGUCAAGGGAUCAGCGUCUUUCGCUUUGAUUUUGCUGGAAAUGGGGAAAGUGAGGGUGUUUUCGAGUAUGGCAACUAUAGAAGAGAGGCUGAUGACUUGCAUGCUGUAGUCUUAUAUUGGUCUAAACAAAAAUAUGAAGUAAAUGCUAUUAUUGGGCACAGUAAAGGAGGAAAUGUGGUGCUUUUAUAUGCUUCCAUGUAUCAUGAUGUCCCUAUAGUCAUCAAUCUUUCUGGUCGCUUUGCCUUAGAUAGAGGCAUCGAAGGCCGCUUAGGCAAAGAGUUCAUGCAGAGAAUCAAGAAAGAUGGCUUUAUUGAUGUGAAGGACAAAACAGGAAAGGUCGGGUUUCGGGUGACUGAAGACAGUCUAAUGGAUCGACUAAGCACAGACAUGCAUGCAGCAAGCAUCUCCAUUGACAAAGCGUGCAGGGUCUUGACAGUUCAUGGUUCAGAAGAUGAAAUUGUACCAGCAGAAGAUGCCUUAGAAUUUGCUAAGCUCAUACCUAAUCACAAGCUACGUAUUAUUGAAGGUGCCAACCAUUGCUAUACUGCACAUCAGGAAGUGCUGGCCUCAGUUGUGCUGGACUUCCUUAAAUCUGAUCAGGUUGAAGAUGCCAGUGCGGCGGGAGACAUCUAAAGCCAUUGGAUCUUUGCAAGAGAAUGAUGCACCAUGGGUGGCUUCACUCUUGAUGGUAGUUCCAGUUUCGUUGCCGAUGAUUAGCUGCGUGUUUGUGGAACAUCACUGUUGUUGAACCUUGAGUUGUAUUUGAAGUCUGAACUGAUUUAAGAUUCUCACCUAAUGAGUGAUGGCAAUAUAUGCACAAGUGAUGGGUUGUGGAUUGCAGAUUGCAGAUGCUUGCAUAAGAUUCUCACCAGCUCUUUUGCUAUGAAUCAGCACCACCUGUGUUCGGUGCCCGCGCAUCUACAUGUCACUUGUAUGAAUGCAAUAAUCACUGGAAUGACUUAGCAGCUGCAUGCUCCUGUCACUUGCUGAGCUAAUGUCAUGUUAUCUAAUGAUGAAUGUAUUAAACAUCCAUUGAUGAAUGUAGUAGAUGGUGUAGAACUGUUGCAUCCCUGUUAUCAUUUGAUGAUGAAUAUCUUCGCAUAACUGCAACAUUUAUGCAUGAAGAAAUGCCUGUGCUUCUUACCUUU